AUUUUUCUAAAACUAAAACCUUACUAACUUAAAAAAAAAAAAAAAAAAACAUACCAAACUAGUAAAACCCAAAAGAUAGAGCCACAGGCCCAAUACAAGUUUGAAGCCCUGCUGGCCCCAGUCAGAGGACACUGGAAACCCUCGCUAAACCCUCGUCUUUUCUUUCUUCUUCUUCUUCCUCCGCGUCUUUGGAGCAUACUCCGUUAAAACCAGUCGGAGAAAUCAAAUUUCAUCCCCUUUUUGUCUCCCUGUUCAGGUUGCAUUUCUCCGACACAGAACCCAAUCUUCUAUUGAUAUUGAAAAGUCUGAUUCCUUCACGAUGAUAAGAGGUGGUAAGAGCUACGUGACUUCUCCUCCAGCCUUCUCAAACGAUGGGAAGAAGCUCCUUGUUUGCACCGCCGAAACAGUCUCAGUCUUCAGCACCUCCACUGGCUUGCAGAUAACGUCACUUGAGGGUCACACGGCGCUGGUCACGACGGUUAUAGUGGUGCCGGCGUGGAAUCCGGCCAGCAAGAUACUAUGUUUUUGUUGGACUGCCUCGCUUGACGGGACCAUUCGCUAUUGGGAUUUUGCAGCGCCGGAGUUAAUGAAGACUAUCGAUGUUAAGAUUCCAAUUAUAUCCAUGGUAAUUCCAUCUAUUUUGGUCCAACCAUCCAUGGAAAGUGAAAAACGUCCGGACCUUUUUGCUUAUCUGUCUACUGAGGAUGUGAAGGAAAGCAAAGAGGAGGGAAAUGCAUUGCGGAGGCAAAUCCGAAAGUGUAACUUAAGCAAGUCUCGUCUAGUUGGAUUAAUUUUGGGAGAGGUGAAACAGCAAGUGGUUUUAACUGUUAGUCCUUCGGCAAAAUAUUUUGGCUUGAAAAAUAAGUGUAAGCUUCAAAUAUGGAAAGUUCCUGCUAAAGAUUCUGACAAUGCAAUUGUUAAGAAGAUAUCACUGCACCAUACAAAGAAGAUUUCUGUUCUUGCAUUCCAUCCAAAUCAGAGAAUUGUUGCUGCUGGGGAUGUCACUGGGAGAAUUUUAAUUUGGAGAUUAUUUGGUGAUAAAACAUUUUCCAAAAAUGGAGAAAAGAAUGAAAGACCAAUGGAUACUGGGGAAGAAAAACCUGGGGUGCGGGGUGAUGAUGAUGCUGAUUCCUGCUCAACCUGGCAUUGGCACCCUGCUGAAGUAAAUGUCCUCUCUUUCUCUUCAGAUGGUGCCUAUUUGUAUUCAGGUGGCAAGGAAGGUGUACUUGUGGUUUGGCAAUUAGAUACUGGAAAGAAGAAAUUUUUACCCCGAAUUGGAUCUCCACUACUAUAUUUUAUUGAUUCUCCUGAUCCUUCUCUUUCUUCUAUAUGUUGUGCAGAUAAUCAAAUUCAUUUACUCAAAAUGCCUUCAAUGGAAAUUUUAAGGACUAUUUCUGGAAUCAAGGCUCCAUCUUCAUAUCAUGAGAUGUACAAAGGCUUAAAUAAUGGGGUUGCUUUUGAUCACACAGCUGGGCUGGUUGCCUUACGUACUGAAAACUAUUGUAUCCAAUUAUACAGCUUAUUUGAUGACCGUGGAGUUUCUGAGGUUCAAGUCUGUGAGAGGAACCAUCAGCCUGGUGAUGAUGUGAUGGUAGUAGUAACUUUAGUGGCUUUAUCCUUUGAUGGUUCCGUGAUGAGUACUGCUGAAAUUAAGCUUGCUGAAGAAGGCAUAGGAGGUCUUAUCUGCCUCAAGUUCUGGACAUCAGGAUUUCAAAACAAGGAGUUUAGCCUGUUAACCAUUGUUUAUGAACCUCACAGGGAUGCUGCCAUUUCUGCAAUUGCAUUUCACCCGUCUGGUCAUAUGGCUGUCAGUUCAUCUUAUGGUGGCGACUUUAAGGUAUGGGUUUGCAACAAUGACAAUCAGAAAGAUCAGAUGCUUCAGAAUUCUAGCUGGACUUGCCAUUCUGUGGGCUCAUAUAAAAAAAAACCAAUGACUGCUGCUGCAUUUUCAGCUGAUGGUUCUGUUCUAGCUGUUGCUGCAGAAACCGUUAUUACGUUGUGGAAUCCAGACAAGAAUGUUCUCUUGGCUGUGAUCGGAGAGACUCUCAUGCCAAUUGUGACCCUAUCAUUUAUUGGGAAGUCAGAGUAUCUUGUGGCUGCAUCAUGGGGCUCAAAGCCACAACUGUCUGUUUGGAGUAUGUCAAAGCUUUCUGCAGCUUGGUCAUAUAGGCUUCAAAUAGAAGCUGUAGCAACUGCAGUGGAUUUAUCUUCUUUUGCUGCUCUGGCCCUCCUUCCUGAAUCAUCUAACGAAACAACAUUUCAGGAAAGAGAUGGGUUAAUCUUAUUAUUUAAUGCGAAGGAUGCUGUUCCUGUGGCUACCUGGUCUGCUAAGAAGGCAAAGGGUGGGGCUCUUGCAUUUAUUCAAACAAAUCAAUCUUCCACUGAAGAGAUUGGUAGGGAUGGUACACCACCACGAGCAUUGCUUGCAUAUGUUAAUGGUGAUCAUGAGUAUGUCCUGUUUGAUCCCUACAACAAAGAUGUCCAAGAGCUUAGCAUAAGCCAUAAGGAGAUUCAUGCUACCCCUGAAGAGACAGGGCGAGCAAGGCAGUUUGGAUAUGCAUCCAUCUAUGGGGAGCUGCCACAGUUUGACUUGAAGAGAACUGAUACCUCCUGGACCCCCUCCUUCCCAUCUGAAAGACCUUGGGAGACCAUAUUCAGUGGCUCAUCACAUAAUCUUCCACCUCUUACCAAAUUGUGUUUGCCAUUUCUUGAAUCAUUGUUGGAAAAAAGGACAGCCGCUGUUGAGUGAUUUGCUGAUGGACUAAAUGCAGUAUUCUUCGUGGUUUGUGCCAUCUUUGGAGACACGUAGGCACAAGUGUUCUUUCUUCUCCUUUUUGCACACUGGUGAACCAAUCCAAGCUUAAUGCAUGCACAAUGCGCCAGGUUAAUAUGGAAAUAUGAUGCUGCAGAGGAUCUGGCCAGAAGAUUUACGCCUGAGGUUGGUAACUACUGACAUGAAACUCCAUUCAAAUAUUGGUGAAGCUUUUGCAUUUGGCUUCCAAAAUUAGUCUCUUCUAUAGUUUAGUAAUUUUAUUAUUAGUUUCGAUAUGCACUUCUCUAAGUCAUCACCCUAUUUGUUAUGCCAAUUUUACUGAAACGAAAGAUCAGCAAAACAGAACAGAGGCACCUGGCUUAAAGGGCCAAUUGACCUUAAGUCUUUAGAAAGGUGUACCCUAACCUUAAAUGUUGUGUUCAAAUCCCCUUCCCCCAAAUUUGUACCUGUUUAGAAAAAGAAAAAAAAAAAGGAAGGGAGGGCGAAACAGAACGGAGGAAACUGUUGGCCACUUAUAUGUAGAGCAUUGUACGCAUUGUACCCU